AUGUCUCUCAAACAAAGCGUCACCCUUGACGUGGGCUACCCCGUGUAUGGUGCCAAGUACAUCAACAACCUGACACUUGUUGUCACCGGUGGUGGCGGCAAUGGCAACCACGGCAUCCCUAACAAGAUCACGGUGAUCAAGGUGCUGUUCCUGGUGAAGGAUCCCCAGCGGAGAUUGCAGAGAUUCCGGGAAAUCACCUUACCUCCCGACGAAGAUUGCCCUCAAUGUAUCGACGUUGCCAUUGACGUCGAUAGUGACGACCAGGGCCAUGCUGUCGUCCUUGGGUGCAACCAGCUGGCGCAACUCAUCUCCCUGAUGAACAUCAACAACAACUUACGAAAGUAUCUGUUUACGAGCGACGAGCACUUACGGUUUGUUGACGCGGCUCAGUUGGAAGAGAACGCCGGCGACGUCGGCGUCUACCCUAAGAUCGUGAGAAUCCUGCCACGAGCCACCGUGGGGGCGCUCAUGACCCUGGCCAUCCCGUCCAACAUCAUCUUAUUUAAUCCUGACUCAUUGGAGGUGAUUGGAAAAAUUACCAGUGGUCAGGAGAUCCGUGAUUUCGCUCUUUCUAGCGACGAUGACGGUAAGUCUCUUGCCUACGUCACCUCCAAGCAAUUGGUGAUUUGCCAAACGUUAAGUGGACAAACUUUAUCAACCUUCGAUCUUGGAAACUUGCAGCUCCGUAAGGUGCGUUUCACUGACGCAGGUCAUGUCGUUGUGGGGGCUCUGGCACCCAAGAAGGGGGCUGUUCUCGCUAUCGUCAACACUAAGCUGGGUAAAAUCGAGAAGCAAAAGGUAGUGCUGUCGAAAUUUAAUAACAUCACUGCUAUUGACGUUCAUCCGCAGGCGAAUUUAAUUGGCAUCGCUGGGAACGACCUCCUGGUGACCAUCGUCAGAUUGCUGGAUCUCGCUGUUCUUAAGAGCUUCCCCAAGCAUCAUCCAUUUGCAAUCACUCUGGUGGCAUUCAACCCUCGCGGUACUCAAUUGGCGUCGGUGCUGGCAGCGAACAAGGUCCAUGUAUUUAAGAUCCCCCCUACCUACGCUCAACGCACAGGGUCCACCAUAGGAACUCUCUUCAACUACUUGGUUAUGAUCUUGCUCAUUGCGGGGUCUGCCAUUGUUGUGCAAAAGGCUCACGAGACCGGACAAUUGCAAGUCAUUCAGUCGGAGGCAAAACGAUACGCUGAGAUUUACGGGCGUGAGUAUGGAGCGUUGGCUAAGGCAUAUGGAUCUGAAGCUUUGGUUCAAGCCAGAAACUUUGGUGAAAAGGCUGUGAACAGAGCUCACGAAGAAUACGAUAAACGUUGGGGCGCUGCGGCGAGGGCGCUGAUGGAGUCCAUCAAGGCUUUGACUCUGGAGUCAGAUAUCAUGAGUGAAACCUCCAUUGCCGGCACUGAAGAAGCUACGUGGGAGACACUGACUGUUGAACCUCUUGAAACGGUCCAAACUGAAGUGGUUGAGAAAUUGGCAACAUCGAUUAUCCCUGAACCUGUGGCUAGCGAGGAGAUUAAGAUUGAGGAACCCAAGGUUGAGGAACCCGUGGCGGUGGAACCGGUUUCAAGUGAAGAAGUCAACGUGGCUGACCCUAUUACCGCAGAACCUGUUGCUGAAUCGGUGGCUGCUGAAGUCCUGUCAGUGGCUGAACUGGUAGCUGAACAAGCUGAAUCUGUGGUUGAACCCGUGAUUGAACCAGUGGUGUCUUCUAGUGAGCUGAUUGUGUCUGACAUUGUCGACUCAGCCUCAUCUGUUUACGAGAAUGCUCAAUCCGUGGUUUCCGAUGGCACUGAGCAAGUGGUGUCACAGGUUACCGAUGCCGCCUCGACCGUCCAAAGCGCGGCGGAGUCAGUGGUAGAAAAUGUUUCAGAAGUCGCGGGGUCGGUUGCUGAAAACGCUCAAGAGGUCGUCGGCCAGGGAGCUGAAUACGUUCAAGAAAAUGCUCAGAACAUUCAAGAGCAGGAGGCCUCAGUGGCGUCAGUUGCGAGCUCUGAAGCCACACUGGUUAGCUCGGUUAUCAGUGAAGGUGUUGAAUCUGUGGUGGCUGGUGUUGGUGACGUUGUUCAUCUGGCUAGUUUGGUUGCUUCGUCCGUUGUCUCCGAAGGUGAGGUUUAUGUUGAGCAAGCCACUUCGAUCGUUGCUGAAAAGGUCGAAGACGUGGCCGACGGUAUUGGUCAGAUGGUUGGCGAUGCCAAGUCUGCAGCCGAACUGGUCGUGGACAACAUUGGUGGGAACGCUGAAGCGGCGGCGUCUUAUGUCGUUGAAGGUGCGGCGCUGGUGAAGUCUGAUAUUGAAGCUGGUGCCGAAUAUAUCGUGAACGACGCUUCGCUGGUCGUCGAAGAGGUCAAAGAGACCGUCGAGCUGGUAACUUCGGAAGUGUUGGAAACCGUUGAACCUGUGGUGGCUGAAGGGGUCGAAAAUGCUGAAGCAGUGGUUGGCUCCGCCCAAACGGACGCCGAACGGGUAGUUGAAAAUGUUCAAGAGUCCGUGGUUCUGGCUGUUUCUGAAGUGACUGAAUCUGCUGUUCUGGAAGCAACCGAUAUUUCUGAGUCCGUAUCUCUGGUGGCAUCGGCAGUUACCAAUGAGGUUCCUCCUGUUGAAGCUGUGGUCGAGGAAGUCGAGCAAAAGCUUGAACAGCAAAAUAAACCUGCGGCUGCUGAUCCCGUUAAACCCUCCACUCAGGAAGCUCAACCGGUGCCCGAGGCCACCCCGGAGCCAUCAGUAGAACAAAAGGCUGCUCACCCAGCUUCAGGGGAGCAGGUUGAAUCGGAACCUUCUGAAACCAUUUUUGUGGAGGAGCUUAUUGAGGAAUUAGUGGAAACCAUACAAGUUGAAGGCCAAGAGCCGCAAGUUGUUACAAAGAGGGUGACCCAGGCCGUGACUCACACGUUAGCGGCAGACAAGGAAAUCAACGACGAGUUGUAG